AUGCCUGCACGAGCUUCACUGUCGGCAUUUCUGGCCACCGCGAGGUCUGCCUUAGCAGCGUCCGCCUCCAAGAAGCAAACACUGACCUUCGUUGUGGGCAAUGAGUCUGCUGAUCUUGAUUCCCUCUGCUCAGCUCUGCUCUUCGCGUACUUACGUACAUAUGGCUCGCCGCAAACUCUCCACAUACCCUUGUGUCAUCUGCCCCGAGACGACCUGACGCUACGCCCCGAGUUCACCGAGGUGCUCAGGAGAGCUGCAACGUCACCCGAUGAUGUGAUCACACUUGAUGAUCUACCCGAACUGGACGCCACGAAUACGCAAUGGCUCCUUGUGGACCACAAUUGCCUGACCGGCCAUCUCGAGCUUUUCAACAAGCAGGUAGUUGGCUGCGUCGAUCAUCACACCGACGAGGGCAAAGUCCCUCAGGAAAGCGAGGUCCGGCUCAUUGAGAAGAGCGGCAGCUGUAUGAGCCUGGUAGUUACGCACUGCCGAGAGGCAUGGGAGAAGUUAAAGGACGCCGACAAGGCUACAGAGAUUGACGCACAGCUCGCCCAUCUGGCUGUUGGCCCCAUCCUGAUCGACACGCAGAAGCUUGGGGACAAGAAUAAGACGACUUCAUUUGACGAGGAUGCGGUGCAGUAUCUAGAAACCAAGCUUCCGUCAGCCACGGGGUACGACAGAACGAACUUCUUCUCCGACGUCGCUAAAUUGAAGGAGGACAUUUCACCCCUGUCGAUGCGCGACAUCCUACGCAAGGACUACAAGGAGUGGGACGACAGUGGAGUGAAGCUGGGGACCUCGUCCGUGCCCGCGCAUUUCGGGUAUCUGACAGAGAAGGCGGGCAGCAGCGACGCGCUCCUCGACGGAAUCAAGAGAUGGGGCACCGAGAAAGACCUGGACCUCGUGACUGUGUUGACCGCCUUUGCGAACGAGGCUUCAUUCCACCGCGAGCUUCUCCUCUUCGCACGAACGGAGAAGGGGGUUGCGACUGCCAAGGCCUUUGAGAAAGACUAUACUGAGAAGCUUCAGCUCAGCCCCUGGAGCAGUGGAAAGCUCGACCUGGAUGAGCAGUCUCAAUGGCUGCGAUGCUGGACCCAAGGUCGUGUCGAGAACAGCCGCAAGCAAGUCGCACCUAUGCUAAGAGAGGCCAUGAAGGCAAAAAUAUAG